AUGUCGCUCCAAGCCAAGUACGACCAGUUCCAGCAGACGAUCGAGUCGCUCAACACAAAAAUCGUCCAAUUGCACUCGCAGAUCGAUGAGCACGGGAUUGUGCUGGCCACGCUGAAAGAUGUGCCUCCAGAACGCAAGUGUUAUCGCAUGAUUGGCGGAUCUCUUGUGGAACUUGUUGCUGGAACCGCAGCCAAGAUUCUGGAGGAGAACCUGGACGGCAUGAAGAAGUCGGUGGCCACACUUACAGAAGAGCUCAAGAAACAGCAGAAAGAGUUUCUCGAGUGGAAGGAAAAAAAUAAUAUCAGGAUAGUCAAGGCAAACUAG